UCAAAUGUGUUUCUUCCUUAAAAAAGCAUAUAAGGAAUAAAGGAACCUCCAAAUUAAAAUAUUUUGCUUUGCAUACAUACAUAACGUCCCCAUACAAGUCACAUUACACCAACGCCACCUUCAUUUAAUUCUCUCACUAGAAUAUAUAAAACUAUCUUUCUCUCUCUAAAACCCUCCAUUCCCGUAAACUCAAAAACCGCCAUUUCUCUCCCUUUGAUCUCUCCUCAAAUAUACCACUUUCUGCUCCACUUUUUCUCACUCUUUCCAUUUUCCUGAUCUUUCCUGCAACAAUUUGAUAUUUUAUAUGCUAUUUGAUGCUUAAUACACUUUCUCUUUUCUUUCGUUGAUCAUUUCUUACACUUUGGUAUAUUAUUGAUUAUUGUUGUUGAAGUUUUCUGCAAUCGAUCGAGAGUUUUGAAGGUGUUAAUGUUUGCUUGAUGCAGUGUUUAAUCUACUCUUCAAAAUUCGUCUGUCAUUAAUCAAGAUGAUCCGAGCUAUCUUAUCGAAGACGUGAUCGAUUCUUUUAGUUAUAUAGAUCUAGUUGUUUGUAGAUCGAUACAGGUUUACACAAGUAGUCUCAACGUCUCUUUUUGUUGUUAAUGAUACCAAGGUUUUCGAUCCUGGUUAAUUCAAGAUGAUUCGUGCUAUUUUAUCUAAGACGUGACCACAUUUUGCUCCGAUAUUUUUCAGUACAGAAGGGUUUUUGAUCAAAUUUGGGAAGCGCAAAGCAUAGAGAUUUGAAUUUCUCUCUCCUCCCGUGAGUUGAAAAGGUUGAGCAAGAUGCCUCACAGAACAACUUACUUUUUCCCUCGUCAAUUCCCUGAUAAUAGGGGAAAUUUUCCUCCAAUUGCACCCACAACUGCAGCAACAAUACCAGCAGUUUCAGCAGAAAAUAAUCACGAGAAGAGGCAGCUGCUCAAAAAAGAUUUCGACGUCGUCAACAAAAGCAGCUCUUCUGUAACUGAAAGUGAUACAGUGAACAAAGAUUUGUUUGCGAAGAAAAUCACGGGUGGCAACAAUACUAUCAAUAAUAAUAAUAAUAAUAAUAAUAAUACUAAUAAUAAUAGUAAUAAUAAUAAUAAUAAUAGUAAGUUAGCCGCCUUUUACAGCUGGAUUGCAGCAGAGAACAACAAGAUUAUCAAGAAUAAGAAAAAGAGUAGCUCCGCCAUUGAUGAUGUCAUUAAGUCGAACUUGACGUAUGAUGAGCAUGAGCUUUUAUUGCCUCCGGAGCCGGAAUCUGUUCCUACUCCGCCAGAUGCGGUGGUGGUUCCUCAAACUGUGCAGAUUGCGGAAGAGAAGGUGUGUGGGUUGUAUCGAGGUUCAUCGUUGGCACGGCUUUCAAGCUGUGGGAGUAGCUAUGGUGCUGGGAGUUUUUUCUCCAGUGAAGUGCAAGAAACUCGAUCGACCAUUCAGAGUUCAAUGACUGAAAGGGUAGGUGUGGAGGAAGAGGAGGAGAGAGAAAAGGAGAUGCAACAGAGUUUGGCGGAGAAAGCAAGGGAGAGUUACUAUUUGCAGCUUACCUUGACAAAGAGGCUUGCUCCUCAUGCAGCUCUUGGGAAUGAACCCACUAUGUUUUUGUUUGAAAGUGGGUUAGAUGGUUAUGGAUCGGGUUCUGAUGCUGAGGCCCUUUCUUAUCGGUUAUGGGUUAGUGGGUGCUUGUCAUAUACUGACAAAAUAUCGGAUGGAUUUUACGGCAUAUUGGGGAUGAACCCUCAUGUCUGGGUGAUGUGCAAUGAUAACAAGGAAGCUAAACGGAUUCCGUCAUUGAUGUCUUUGAAAUCUGUUUCACCUCAUGAUACAUCAAUGGAGGUAGUAAUUGUUGAUAAACACGGUGAUUCUAGACUUAGGGAGCUUCAGAAUAAAGCACAAGAACUAUCCAGUACUUCGCAGAAUACCUUAGUACUGGUGGAGCAGCUUGGCAAACUUGUCUCCAUUCACAUGGGGGGUAAUUUUCCUGUGGAACAAGGUGAUCUACACAUGCGCUGGAGAGUGGUUAGCAAAAGACUGAAGGAGCUUCACAAGUGUAUAGUUCUUCCCAUUGGUAGUCUUUCUUCAGGGCUUUGUAGGCAUCGUGCAAUACUUUUCAAGAAAUUAGCAGACUAUGUAGGAGUGCCUUGCAGGAUUGCUCAGGGUUGUAAGUACUGUACUGCUGAUCAUCAAUCAUCAUGCCUCGUCAUAAUUGAAGAUGACAGGAAGUUGCCAAGGGAAUAUGUAGUUGAUCUGGUUUGUGAGCCAGGAAAUGUCCACCGUCCUGAUUCAUCAAUCAAUGGAGGUCUUCUUUCAUCAGUGUCUUCACCAUUUCAGAUUUCUCGUCUCAAAGAAUAUCAGCAGUCUUUUAUUCACAAUUCCUCCUGUAGUCAAACACCCAUGCCAAAGCCAUCAUGUGCUUCUACUGGUCCUUUGAGUCCUGAAAGCUAUGAUGGAGUUUGGCAUAAUGAGGAACGUGGCUUGCUUAAGGAAGAAAAGAGUAGUGUCUACAAUCCUCUUGAAGGCUGCAUAGGAAUGAACUCUUCUAUGGAACCUAUGGAAUUAGAUAAUUCUGAGCAUCCAGUCAUUCAGAGGUCUGAUUUGGUUGCUAUACCAACGGCUUCAGAAGUUUUAGCUGGUCCUUCAGCAGUAUCAAGCCUUAGUGUAGAGGAAUAUAUACAGAAAAGUUACAGGAAUGAGAUGGUUGUCUCCUGCUCACUUGUUGAUAAUGUUCAACCAGUAGUCCAGGAGGGUGAUGGCCAGCAAUGCAAAUUUCCUACUUCAGCUAUCCCCAAGUACUUGGACCUUGAACCUUCUCUUGCUAUGGAUUGGAUGGAGAUUUCUUGGGAUGACUUGCAUCUGAAAGAGCGUGUUGGUGCUGGUUCUUUUGGAACUGUACAUCGUGCUGAAUGGCAUGGAUCGGAUGUUGCAGUAAAGGUUUUAACUGUACAAGAUUUUCAUGAUGAUCACUUGAAGGAGUUUCUACGAGAGGUUGCAAUAAUGAAACGUGUCCGCCACCCCAAUGUGGUUCUCUUUAUGGGUGCUGUAACCAAGCGUCCUCACCUAUCUAUUGUAACAGAAUAUCUACCCAGAGGUAGUCUAUACCGUCUCUUACACAGACCAGCUUCUGGUGAAGUCUUGGACCAAAGGAGGAGAUUGCGCAUGGCACUGGAUGUGGCCAAGGGGAUCAAUUACCUGCACUGUCUUAACCCUCCUGUAGUGCACUGGGAUCUAAAGUCUCCCAACUUGUUGGUUGACAAAAAUUGGACAGUUAAAGUAUGUGAUUUUGGACUGUCCAGAUUCAAAGCGCACACAUUCAUCUCUUCGAAGUCUGUUGCUGGAACUCCUGAAUGGAUGGCGCCUGAGUUUCUUCGUGGAGAACCCUCAAAUGAGAAAUCAGAUGUUUACAGCUUUGGAGUCAUCUUGUGGGAGCUAGUGACAAUGCAGCAACCAUGGAGUGGACUUAGCCCAGCUCAGGUAGUUGGAGCAGUUGCUUUCCAGAACAGGAGGCUCACCAUUCCAGCAAAUACCUCUCCUUUGUUGGCUUCUCUCAUGGAAGCAUGCUGGGCAGAUGAUCCGAGUCAGAGACCAACUUUCAAGAAAAUAGUUGAAACAUUAAAGAAGCUUCUCAAAUCUCCUAGACAGCUUAUUCAAAUGGGAGGAGCAUAACGACACACGGGAAAAAUCAAUUGAAGUUUUUCGCAACCUCGGUAUUGUUUGGGGGUUUUUCAUUCCCCGUUGUUUAAAUCAAAAACGCAUUGCUUGUGUCAAACCAAGUGCAUCGGAUAAGUAAUCCUUGAAGUGUAAAUGACGGAGAAAUGUGAUCAAUUCUGUACUUUUUUGUGUCUAAUAGGUGUCACUUCUAUUUGUGCAUGGACCCCUGAAUAUUUAUAGGGUGACCAAUUUGCAAUUGUAUGUUUUAAUUUGUCUGGUACACCAUGUUCAGAUUGCAAUGCUAUAUCAAAUUCAGAUUUAAAGACUCUAAUUAAA